AUGGAGGCGGACGUGGCGGUGGCGCCCGAAGAAACGCAGGCACUCUACCGGGAGUACCGAGCCCUGAAGCAGGUCCUGGGCCAGGCAGACGGCAGCCGGCUCCCUGACCCCGAGCAGACCCCCGAGGCGGCGCAGGAGAUACCAGCUCAGGUACCUGGGCUGGGAGGAGGCCUGAGGCCUGAACCUGGAGACACAUCUGGCCCCAACCCCUUCCAGAAGGUGCCUGGGAAACCCAGCUGCUGGGGUUCCCACCUGAACCGGGCUGCAACGCAGAAACCACGCCCUGCCCCUGCGCCCAGCCGGAGGCUCGCCGUGCCGGACUACGGGAAGAAGCUCAAGGCCAACCUCCAGGGCACCCUGCAGGCAGAGCCAGCUCUGGGCUACAGACCCUCAGCUCCAAGAAGACCCUCAGUCAAGACACCUGGCCUGGAACCUCCAGACACAGAGGCUGCCCUCUCCUCUCCAGAACUCAAGCAAACAACCCCCCAGCCUCGGCCAGCCUGGCUCCAGCAGCUACAGUCCCCCCUGAGCCGUCGACUUGCCUCCCUGGACCCUGGCUGGCUGCAGCGGUGUCAAGAUGGGUCCCCAGAAUUGCUGGAGGCUACUGACGCCUGUGGACCUGGCCUGAGCUCAGAGGAGCCUGGCAAGGAACCACAGCUGCCGCAGACCUCAGGUGUGCUGGCCACCCUUGGCAACACUGGCCCUGACCCCAAGGGUCCAACAUUGCAGGAAGCCGGGGGCAACAAAGGGAACCCUCGGCCCAGCAAAACACCCACGCCGGGCUGGGACCCUCAGGGCGCACCUCCACAGACCCAGUGGGACCAAGACCAUGUGAGACCCUGGCUUAAGGAUGCUGGGGCCACAGAGCUUAAUGAAGAUGCUCUGGAGGAUCAGUCUCCUCGGCCCCGGAUCAGCUCCUCCACACCCAGGUCCACCUUCCAGGAAAGGGGUAACUAUGUCAAGCUGAACCUGAAGCAGAAAAGAUAUGCACGGGGCCCAGCCCUGCGGGGUGCUCACCUCAGAAAGCAGGUGAGGAAGCAAAAGUGGCAGAAGAAGAGGGUGUGUUUCAGAAGCAGCCUAUCUGGAACCCCAGCCAAGGACUCCUGCUUCCGCUGCGGGCAACCCGGGCACUGGGCCUCCCAGUGCCCCCAGUCAGGUGGGCCCCACCCAGGGACCAAGUCUGGUUUGGAAAGGUGCUGUGUUCCUUACAAGGCGGCCUUACCUGUCCCCCACCCUAGCCCCGAGCCUCCCCUGGCCCGGGAAGAGGGUGGCAGAGACCAGGACAAAGUGGCUCACAAGAUGGGUGCUACCAACUGCCAGCUUCCUGCAGGGGAGGAUGACACUGGACCCACCAUGCCCCUGGAGUCCCACCCAGCCCCCAUGGUACCGCCCCUCUACCCACCUGGACCAUCGAAGCAGGUAGCAGAGACCCCGCCUGAGGUGUUGCAGGCCCUGAGGCAGCUGGGACACCAGGCCUUCCGUCCCUGGCAGGAACAGGCGGUCAUGAGGGUCCUGUCAGGCAUCUCCACCUUGUUGGUGCUCCCCACGGGGACCGGCAAGUCCCUGUGUUACCAGCUCCCAGCUCUGCUGUAUGCGCGGCACAGCCCCUGCCUGACGCUAGUCAUCUCCCCGCUCGUCGCGCUCAUGGACGACCAGGUGUUGGGCCUGCCUCCAGGCCUGAAGGCUGCCUGUCUCCACUCAGGCUUGAACAGGAAGCAACGAGAGAGUGUCCUGCAGAAGGCAAGGACAGCCCAGGUCCAUCUGCUGCUGCUAUCACCAGAGGCCGUGGUGGGGGCUGGGUCGGGAGGUGCCACCUGCCUGCCCCAAGCCUCUCAGCUGCCGCCUGUGCCCUUCGCCUGCAUUGAUGAGGCCCACUGCCUCUCACAGUGGUCUCACAACUUCCGGCCAUGCUACCUGCGUGUCUGCCAGGUGCUGAGGGAGCACAUAGGCGUCAGGUGCUUCCUGGGUCUCACGGCCACAGCCCCUCGCAGCACCGCCCUGGAUGUGGCCCGGCACCUAGGUGUGCCUGAGGGGCCUAUUGGGCUCCCGGGCACUAUUCCUGCCAACCUGCACCUCUCUGUGUCCACGGACAGGGACCCUGAGCAGGCCCUGGUGACGCUGCUGCAGGGGGAGCGGUUCCGAGCCCUGGACUCCAUCAUUGUCUACUGCAACAGGCGGGAGGACACGGAGCGAACUGCUGCCCGCCUCCGCACUGCCCUGCAGGAGAGCCCACACCCUAGAGGGGUUGGCACCGAGAAGGUGGCCCAGGCCUAUCACGCCGGCAUGUGCAUUCAGGAGCGGCGGCGGGUGCAGAAGGCUUUCAUGCAGGGCCAGCUACGCGUGGUUGUGGCCACUGUAGCCUUUGGGAUGGGGCUGGACCGGCCAGGCGUGAGGGCCGUGGUGCACCUGGGGCUGCCGCCAAGCUUUGAGAGCUACGUACAGGCUGUGGGCCGAGCAGGGCGUGACGGGCAACCCGCCCACUGCCACCUCUUCCUACAGCCCCAGGGUGAAGACCUGAGGGAGCUUCGGAAGCACGUGCACGCCGAUGCUGUAGACUUCCUCGCCGUGAAGAGGCUGGUGCAGCAAGUCUUCUCAGCCUGCUCCUGUGGCCAGCCCUCCCCAGAGAGCAGUAGAGCCAGGGCUGGGGUACCACUGGAAGCCGAGCAGCAAGGCACCCAGGACACACUGCCUGAACCAAGGAGCACCUGCCGGGGGCACACACGAGCCCUCUUGAUUCAGCCUGCGGAACAAGCCCUGGACAUGCCCCAGGAGGCCAUCCAGACCCUCCUAUGCUACCUGGAACUGCACCCACAGCGCUGGCUGGAGCUGCUGCCCCCCACCUACGCCCAGUGCCGUGUACACUGCCCCAGUGGCCCUGCCCAACUCCGUGCCCUGGCACUCAGCUGUCCCCCCCUGGCUGCAGGACUGGACCGUCGGGUGGCUGGGGACACUCAGAGUGGGGGUGCCAGCUCUGUGGAGUUCAACGUGGUCGAGCUGGCAGACGCCAUGAGCUGGGAGCUGGCCCCUGUGCGGCGGGCCUUACGUCAGCUGCAGUGGGACCAGGAGCCCAGAGCAGGGACUCCACGGAGCACAGGGGUGUUGGUGGAGUUUGGGGAACUGGCUUUCCACUUGCGCUGCCGCGGGGACCUGACCCCCGAGGAGAAGGACCAGCUAUGCGAAUUUCUGCAUGGCCGAGUGUGCACAAGGGAGCGUGAGGCCCUGGCCCGCCUGCGCUGUACCGCCCAGGCCUUCCGCAGCGUGGCCUUCCCCAGCUGCGGGCCGUGCCUGGAGCAGCCCAGUGCAGAGCAGAGCACCCGGCUCAAGGCCCUAGUGGAGCGCUACUUUCAGGAGGAGGAGGAGGAGGAGGAAAUGCUGGGCUCGGGGGACCUGGAAGGCCCAGAGCCAGGGCAGGACAGACUCCAGGACUGGGAGGACCAGAUCCGGCGAGACAUCCGCCAGCUCCUGUCACUGCGGCCGGAGGAGAAGUUCUCGGGCAGGGCUGUGGCCCGCAUCUUUCAUGGCAUCGGAAGCCCCUGCUACCCAGCCCUGGUAUUCGGGCAUGACCGGCGCUUCUGGAGGAAGUACUUGCACGUGAGCUUCCAUGCCCUGAUGCGUGUGGCCACAGAGGAACUGCUGCUGUGGAGCCACUGAUGCCGACCGCAAUGCGUGGGGGCAAGGGGAUCCCCAAAAUACAGAAUAAAAGGAGCAUGACUGCACACAGCUUCCUCCUGCUCUCCACACACAGCCCCCUGCACCUCAGACACAGCCUGGGGCACCCUAAACUUUAUUGGUAGAAGGUAGGCACCAGGCCCAGGUAGAGAGUGGACAUGGCCGAGAGGGCCAGGAAGAGUGAGAAGCAGGACCGGAGUCCCAGGCUGUCGGCCAGUGCACCGGCCAGCGUGGCCAUCAGCAGCUUGCCCAGCAGCUCCAGUGUGGCCAGGAAACUGUAGUGUGUGGCCUGGGAGGGAGAGGGGCAGAAUGGGUGAGCCCGGGAGCACUCAGCCUGCAGCCU